UAUGCCUACAACAAAAUCAUCAGCCACCACUAUUUCAUCUAAAGUUUUGACCUUUUUCCUUCUUCUAAUUCUACUUUUGAGUGUCUCAGAAACAGCUGCAAGGCCUCACAGAAACAAUUUCCCCAACACAGAUUCUUUAGUUCUUGGCCUUGUUCAUUCAAGAACUUCCCUCCUCACUCCCAAAAGGGGCUACUUUUCAAGGAAAGGAUCAUCAUCAUCAAUCAACAAGCCAAUGGAGGAAAUUGGCAGUGAUAAUGUGAUAGAGCCAUUGAGGGAAAUUAGGGAUGGGUACCUAAUUUCUCUCACAUUAGGGACACCCCCACAAGUGAUUCAAGUGUAUAUGGACACUGGAAGUGACCUCACAUGGGUUCCUUGUGGGAACCUCUCUUUUGAUUGCCAAGAUUGUGAGGAGUAUCAAAACAAUGUCUCUGGCCCAAAGUUGGCUCCUUUUUCCCCAACCCAUUCUUCAACCUCCAUUAGGGAUACUUGUGGCAGCUCCUUUUGCAUGGAUAUCCACAGCUCUGAUAACCCUUUUGACCCAUGCACAAUUGCAGGCUGUUCCCUUGCUACCCUUGUGAAGGGCACUUGCCCUAGGCCAUGCCCUUCAUUUGCCUACACUUAUGGGGCAAGUGGGGUUGUAACUGGAACCCUAACAAAAGAUGUCAUUUUGAUGCAUGGAGUGUCCCCAAAUUCCACUACCCAAAUCCCUAGGUUUUGCUUUGGUUGUGUUGGUGCAACUUAUAGAGAGCCAAUUGGAAUUGCUGGCUUUGGGAGAGGAUUGCUCUCUCUCCCUUCACAAUUAGGGUUUUCCCAUAAGGGUUUCUCCCAUUGCUUCUUGCCCUUUAAGUUCUCAAAUAACCCUAAUUUCUCAAGCCCUUUGAUCCUUGGGAGCCUUGCCAUUUCUUCCAAAGAUCAUAGCUUGCAAUUCACCCCUUUGUUGAAAAGUCCUCUUUACCCUAACUACUACUACAUUGGUCUUGAGUCAGUUACCAUUGGGGAUGGUAUUGGCAAUAAUAAUUCUAGAUUUGGGGUUUCUUUGAAGUUGAGGGAAAUUGACACAAAGGGGAAUGGGGGAAUGUUGAUUGAUUCUGGUACAACAUAUACUCACUUGCCAGAACCAUUGUAUUCACAACUUAUCUCUAAUCUCGAGUCGGUUGUGACGUAUCCUAGAGCUAAACAAGUAGAAAUCAAUACUGGGUUUGAUCUUUGUUACAAAAUCCCUUGUAAAAACAACACUAAUUUUUCUUCUUCUAUGGAUGAUUAUUGUUCCAAUCUUCUGCCUUCUAUAACAUUCCAUUUUUUGAACAACGUGAGUGUGGUUCUGCCCCAAGGGAACAAUUUCUAUGCCAUGGCUGCUCCUACCAACUCCACUGUGGUGAAAUGCUUGCUUUUCCAAAGCAUGGAUGGCGGGGGCGGGGACGGAGACGGGAAUGGGGACGACGACGGGCCGGCAGGCAUUUUUGGGAGCUUCCAACAGCAAAACAUGGAGGUUGUUUAUGACUUGCAGAAGGAGAGAAUAGGGUUUCAGACAAUGGACUGUGCUUCUUCUGCUGCCUCUCAAGGACUCCACAAGAAUUUUUGAAGGAAUGAAAGCUAGAUUGAGAAGUUUUGGUCAAAUCCAUUUGGUUUCAAUUUUUGCAAAUUUCUCAAAGAAAUCAGUGUUUUUUUUUUGUUUUUUUUUWAAUGUUGAGGAAAAGUGUGGUUUGGUUUGAUUGUUUGUUUUCUAGAGAAUCUUAAGCUUUGCAUUUAUAAAAUUAGGAAAAAGGAAAUGAGGUUUCAA